AAUCAGCCCACAGAACACACCAAAAACCUUUUCUCUUCGUCUCAAAAACCCUAGUGUUUCUCCCUGGCGUCUCUUAUCUUCAGACAGAGUCUACGCAAGCUGUCAGCAAAUGCCCUUCACAAAUCUGCUUUGAUUCAGAGGUUUUGUCAGCUUUCUAGUAACGGGAUUGGAGUAGAGAUGGAGGGUAGCAAAAGCUUUGCUAGGAGGGACAGGCUUCUUGAGAUUGAGGUGAAGGUCCGAAACUGGUGGGAGGAGAAAGAUGUUUUUAGAGCUGAAGCUGGUGAAAAACCUCCUGAGCCUGGAGAGAAAUUCUUUGGAAAUUUUCCGUAUCCAUAUAUGAAUGGUUUUCUGCAUCUCGGACAUGCAUUCUCACUGUCCAAGCUUGAAUUUGCUGCAGCUUUUCAUAGGCUGAGAGGUGCUAAUGUACUAUUGCCUUUUGGUUUCCACUGCACGGGUAUGCCCAUUAAGGCCUCGGCUGAUAAAUUGGCAUGGGAGAUCCAGCAAUUUGGGGAUCCACCGGUAUUUCCUACUGAGGUGGAGGAACAACCUGGGGAAGAACCAGAACCUGAGGAUCCCAAUGGAGGGGCACCAGCAUUGCCUGAUAAGUUUAAGGGCAAGAAGUCAAAGGCUGCAUCAAAGUCAAGUGGACAAAUGUACCAGUGGGAAAUAAUGCGGAGUUUUGGCCUUUCUGAUAGUGAGAUUUCGAAGUUCCAAAAUCCAUAUAACUGGUUAUCUUUCUUCCCCCCAUUGGCCAUGGAAGACCUUAAGGCUUUUGGCUUGGGUUGCGACUGGAGACGCUCCUUCAUCACUACAGAUAUGAAUCCAUACUAUGAUAAUUUCAUAAAGUGGCAGAUGAGGAAGUUGAAAGCAAUAGGUAAGAUUGUCAAAGAUGUUAGAUACACAAUCUACUCUCCCUUAGAUGGCCAGCCAUGUGCAGAUCAUGACAGGGCAUCAGGUGAAGGAGUUCAGCCCCAAGAGUAUACACUCAUUAAAAUGGAAGUAGUUUCACCUUAUCCUCCUAAAUUGAGCUCUUUGGAGGGCAAAAAGGUGUAUUUAGCUGCUGCAACAUUGAGGCCUGAGACCAUGUACGGCCAAACAAAUGCCUGGGUAUUGCCUGAUGGGAAGUAUGGAGCCUUUGAAAUCAAUGAUGAUGAAGUGUUUAUCAUCACUCAAAGAGCAGCUCUUAAUCUUGCAUAUCAGAAUUUCUCCAAGGUGCCAGAGAAACCUACUUGCUUAGUUGAGCUAACUGGAUAUGAUCUUAUUGGUCUACCCUUAAAGUCCCCUCUUUCAUUCAAUGAGAUCAUAUAUUCUCUACCCAUGUUGAGCAUCCUAACUGACAAAGGUACAGGGAUUGUGACCAGUGUUCCAAGUGAUGCUCCUGAUGAUUACAUGGCCCUGCAUGAUUUGAAAUCAAAGCCAGCUUUUAGGGCAAAGUAUGGUGUGAAGGAUGAAUGGAUUAUGCCCUUUGAGAUUAUACCUAUCAUUGACAUCCCAGAAUACGGAGACAGGUCUGCUGAAAAAGUUUGUAAUGAUCUGAAGAUCAAGAGCCAGAAUGAGAAAGAGAAGCUUGCAGAAGCAAAGAGGUUGACAUACUUGAGAGGAUUUACUGAAGGAACAAUGCUUGUUGGAGAAUUUGCUGGGAGAAAAGUUCAAGAAGCAAAGCCCUUGAUCAGGAGCAAGCUUAUAGAGAUUGGCCAAGCAAUCGUGUAUAGUGAACCCGAGAAGCGAGUGAUGUCAAGAUCAGGGGACGAAUGCGUUGUGGCUCUGACUGAUCAAUGGUACAUCAUUUAUGGGGAACCGGAAUGGAAGAAAUUGGCUGAGGACUGUUUGUCUAACAUGAAUCUCUACUCUGAUGAGACACGGCAUGGCUUUGAGCACACCUUAAGCUGGCUUAACCAGUGGGCUUGCUCACGUUCAUUUGGGCUUGGAACUCGUUUUCCUUGGGAUGAAGAGUUCCUUGUUGAAUCCUUAUCCGACUCCACCAUUUACAUGGCCUAUUACACUGUUGCUCAUAUAUUGCAGAAUGGAGACUUGUAUGGAUCCGGAACCUCUUCAGUAAAACCAGAGCAAAUGACAGAUGAGGUUUGGGAUUUUCUCUUCUCUGGUGGACCGUAUCCCACCUCAUCAGAUAUCCCUUCAUCUAUUCUUAAUAAGAUGAAGCAAGAGUUUGAAUAUUGGUAUCCAUUUGAUCUUCGUGUCUCUGGGAAAGAUCUCAUCCAGAAUCAUUUAACGUUUUGCAUCUACAACCAUACAGCGAUAAUGUCCAAAAACCAUUGGCCUCGUGGGUUUAGAUGCAAUGGGCACAUCAUGCUUAAUUCUGAGAAGAUGUCCAAGUCUACUGGAAAUUUCAGAACUUUGCGUCAGGCAAUUGAGGAAUUCUCUGCUGAUGCAACACGUUUCUCUUUGGCUGAUGCUGGGGAUGGCGUUGAUGAUGCAAAUUUUGUAUUUGAGACAGCUAAUGCUGCAAUACUGCGGCUCACAAAAGAGCUUUCAUGGAUGGAGGAAGUUCUGGAGGCUGAAGCAUCUUUGAGAACAGGUGCCUUAUCUACCUAUGCUGACCAGGUGUUUGCAAAUGAGAUAAAUAUUGCUGUCACAUUGACUGAGCAGCAUUAUCGGAACUGCAUGUUUCGAGAGGCUCUCAAAACUGGAUUUUAUGAUCUUCAAGCUGCUAGGGAUGAGUAUAGAUUCUCAUGUGGUGCUGGGGGCAUGAACCAUGAUUUAGUGUGGCGGUUUAUGGAUGUGCAGACAUGCCUUAUCACUCCAAUCUGCCCACACUAUGCAGAAUAUGUUCGGAGGGAGAUUUUGAAGAAGGAUGGGUUUGCGGUGCAUGCAGGCUGGCCUACUGCUGAUUCACCUGAUUUAACCCUCAAGGCAGCUAAUAAAUAUUUGCAAGACUCAAUAGUUCUGAUGAGGAAGCUGCUUCAAAAGCAAAUUCUAGGUUCGAAGAAGGCUAAUAAAAAGGGGGCUCCGGUUACUUCCUUGACUGAAAGCAACCUAAAAGGCUUGAUUUAUGUGAAUGAGCAAUAUGACGGAUGGAAAGAAGAGUGCUUGAGAAUACUCCAAAGCAAAUUUGACAGUAGAAACCGUACUUUUGCAGCAGACAAAGAAAUAUUGGAGGCAUUACAGAGGAGUUCUGUUGGUCAGGCUACAAACUCUAAACAAGUUCAAAAGCUCUGUAUGCCUUUCUUGAGGUUUAAGAAGGAUGAAGCAGUUGCCCUUGGACCUCAGGCCUUGGAUCUGAGGCUACCAUUUGGUGAGAUUGAGGUCCUUCGCGGGAACUUGGACCUGAUUAAGAGACAGCUGGGUCUUGAACAGGUGGAAAUUUUGUCUGGUACAGAUCCUGAUGCUCUUGCUAAAGCUGGUAAUCUGGUAUCACUGUUAAAUCAGAAUCCUCCAUCUCCCGGAAAUCCAACUGCAAUCUUCCUGACUAUUUGAGGAAUUUCUUUGAAGCAUCUCAAUACAUUAUAGCUUAACAGGUCUUUGAUUAUUUAUAUUUGCAUACUAUAUGCAUUUUUGUUUUGGGAAUGAACUGUAUUUGCUUUAACAUGGUUGAUAAUUUGCUUGUGUUUGGAAUUUGAGUGCAAAAGCUUUCUUUC